AUGAAAACUAACCAAGAAAGAGGCAACUCAGACGGCGCGGCAACUGAGGUUAAGCUUUUCAAAUUUGCUGGGGCCCUCUACGACCUCGAUCAGAUUUUCAAGGAGUCAGAAUCUGUAUUCCUUAAUACACCACGACGAAAAGUGUUUCGCUACGAAAAUACUGUCUUCAAGUUCGGGGCCGACGUGAGCCCCUUUGAGGCAAAGGCUCUGCAAUUUAUGGGUGAUAUCAAUGGUGUUCCGGUUCCACGACUAUAUUGCUACGAUUUUGUCGGACAGCUUCGGGAGAUUCUCGAAAAGAUGCGGCAAUAUAAAAGUGCAGGAAGUGCCAUUGGAGGCAUCCAUGGCGGUCCUGCAGUGGACGCCCGCAGACUUAAGCGCAAGGGUGGCCCGUUCACAACUGAGGAACAAUUCAACGAGUUUCUUCGAUCUGGCAUGAUUACAACAGCUCCGAAGAUAUACCGCACGAUGCUGGAAAGAUAA